UAAGGAGUCAUUUAUUUAUAUUGUUAUGCAUUUACGCGAUUAUUUUUUUUUAUUUUUUUUUUAAUAGUAUACGCAUGUAUCUGUAUAUAUUUUAAGCAUAUAUAAAUCAGGUUAAUUUUUACAAGACCUCUUAUUCUUUCUUUCCCUCUCUCUAUCUAUCUUUUCAGUUCUCUUAUUUAAAUAUAAAUAUUUAUAUACUUUCUAAAAAUGUGUCCUACUCGCAAUGCUCUUUUCACUUUAGAAGAUACUAUGACAUGCAUUAUUUGUUCUGAAUUUAUUAUUGAAGCAACUAUCAUUAUUGAUUGUGGCCAUGCUUUUUGCAGAGAAUGCCUUGAAAAACAUUUAAUGUUUAGAAAUGAUUGCCCUACGUGUCUUCUAGAAUCUUCUAUGGAUCGUGCAUCCUAUGAUUAUACAAAACGCGCUCUACAAGAAAAUUGGCAAUCUGUUAUUUUGGCUGAUAAACGUCCUUAUUCAAGUAUCUCUGAAGAUGACCAACUUGAAGAUGAAUAUAAUAGCACUGCAUCUUCUUCUAAUAAAAAAUUAAAAUCUUUUCAAGAAGGUCAGGAGAAUACUAACUCUAAAAAACGUUCUUAUCAAGAUAUAUCUGACUCCAAUGACGUUAAAGGCUAUGAAUCUGAUGACUCUAGUUGUAGUAAAAAAAGUAAAUUAUAUAUCCCAUCUCCUACCCAUUCUACUAGUAAUGCGUCUACUCUUCUGACUCACUCAUCUUCAAGUGUUAUGGAUAACAAACAACCUAAAGAUUCUGCUCUUGCUCCCCUUCCUCUUCAUACUGAUAGUGAUUGUGAAGAAUCAGGCAGUGUCAUCUCUAUAGACUCUUUAUUCAGUGGAGGAACUUUCUUAGAUGCAAAGAAAGAAAUUGACGCGUUAGUUUCUGGUGAUGAAGAAGAUCAGGAGAAUUCUAAUACGUGCUUAUCUGGUUCAAAUCCUACUUCACAAACUGCUAAUAAAAUAUCCCAUGCUUGUAUUGAAGCUGAAAACAAAGCAUCCUCUGCUGAUACCUCAAGUUCUUUUGAAAAGACUUCUUUUAUUGAAAAUCAACAAGAAGAAUCCUUAUCAAUGAUUGAUAAAAAAGCCAUCGUUGAUGAAGCAGCACAACAGAAUGAGAGUCAAGAUGAUAAAGAAAAUUUAUCUGUUGAAAAAAAGUUGGAUAUAGAUUCAUCUGAUGAAGAGUUUGGUGAAAAUUGGUCUUGUCCAGAAUGUGGUCUUGAAAAUAAACCUUACAUUCAAACAUGUGGUGUUUGCCGUGUUUCAAGAGAUUCUGGUGUAAUAGAACCUGCAACAAUAGAAAAAGAUGAAGAUGUACAGCAGACAUUAAAAAUAGAGGAUAAGGUUCAUAUCCUUUUAACUGGUCUCACACCUGCCGCACAAAAGCAAGUUGAUCGAAUUCUCACUCGUGACUCUUCUCUCAAGGUUGUGGUACAUACUCAAUUUGAAGAUAGCGUUACUCAUCUUGUGACCAGUGUCAACAAUCGUGGGCUUUGUCGUCGUACAAUUAAAUAUUGCCAUGGCCUUUUAACUGGUAAAUGGAUUGUAGAUGUCUCCUGGCUCCUCAACAGUCUUCAAGCCAGAAAAUGGCUACCUAUGUCUGACUUUGAAGUACAAGGUGAUCAACAAUCGGGCCUGACGCAUGCACCUAAGCGAGCCCGAUUAAACGGUGGUGGUGUCCUGUUGAAAGGUAUGACGUUUUACCUUUGUGGUGUUUUCAAAGGAAAACACAGUAAGGCGGAUCUUUUGGCCUUGUGCAAAUCGGGAGGCGGUCAAGUGAUAAUAAGAAGGCCCACAAAUGGAAGGCAUGAAACAGGGCCGGAAAUUGUAAGAAAUCAGCCUGUGGUGAUUGUCUCAGGGGAAGAAAAGAGACGUCCCACAUGGCUGAAAAACUGCCAGGUACGUGAUUCGAGCUGGCUGGUCCAGUGCAUCAGUACCUUGUGCAUUGAGUAAACUUGGCCGUCUCCCCCCU